GACAACUCCGCCACCAUGGAGGACAUGAACGAGUACAGCAACAUAGAGGAAUUCGCAGAGGGAUCCAUCAACGCGAGCAAGAAUCAGCAGGAUGACGGUAAAAUGUUUAUUGGAGGCUUGAGCUGGGAUACGAGCAAGAAAGAUCUGACUGAAUAUUUGUCUCGAUUUGGGGAAGUUGUAGACUGUACAAUAAAAACAGAUCCAGUGACUGGAAGAUCAAGAGGAUUUGGAUUUGUGCUUUUCAAAGAUGCUGCUAGUGUUGAUAAGGUCUUGGAACUGAAAGAACACAAAUUGGAUGGCAAAUUGAUAGACCCCAAAAGGGCCAAAGCUUUAAAAGGGAAAGAACCCCCCAAAAAGGUUUUUGUGGGUGGAUUGAGCCCAGAUACUUCUGAAGAACAAAUUAAAGAAUAUUUUGGAGCCUUUGGAGAGAUUGAAAAUAUUGAACUCCCCAUGGAUACAAAAACAAAUGAAAGAAGAGGAUUUUGUUUUAUUACAUAUACAGACGAAGAGCCAGUAAAGAAAUUGUUAGAAAGCAGAUAUCAUCAAAUUGGUUCUGGGAAGUGUGAAAUCAAAGUUGCACAACCCAAAGAGGUAUACAGGCAGCAACAGCAACAACAAAAAGGAGGAAGAGGUGCUGCAGCUGGUGGACGAGGUGGUACUAGGGGUCGUGGACGAGGUCAGGGCCAAAACUGGAACCAAGGAUUUAAUAACUAUUAUGAUCAAGGAUAUGGAAAUUACAAUAGUGCCUAUGGUGGUGAUCAAAACUAUAGUGGCUAUGGCGGCUAUGAUUAUACUGGGUAUAACUAUGGGAACUAUGGAUAUGGACAGGGAUAUGCAGACUACAGUGGGCAACAGAGCACUUACGGCAAGGCGUCUCGAGGGGGUGGCAAUCACCAAAACAAUUACCAGCCAUACUAAAGGAGGAUGUUGGAGAAAACAGGAGGAGAUUGCUAAAGUUAACCCAUCUUGCAGGACGACAUUGAAGAUUGGUCUUCUGUUGAUCUAAGAUGAUUAUUUUGUAAAAGACUUUCUAGUGUACAAGACACAACUGUCCAACUGUAUAUAGCCGCCAAUUAGUUUUCUUUGUUUUUACUUUGUCUUUUGCUAUCUGUGUUAUGACUCGAUGUGGAUUUGUGUUUAUACAAAUUUUAUUUGUAUGAUUCCAUGUUAAACCUCAAAUAAAUGCUUCCUUAUGU